UCUGCCACAGCUGAGCCUCAGCAGCAGCAGCAGGGACUGCUGUCCGGUAGGAGCAGGGCCGGAGGAAAAAUGCAGACAUCCUGCGGAAAACACACCGAGCAGCGUCCCGACGCCACUCGCUGAUCCUCGUGUUUUCGCCGUUUUUCGUUGUUCCUUUGUCUGCUUGCGUCCCUCUCCUCUCUAAACACCGAGGAUGGGGGAAUGAUCAGUGCCGCCACCAUCUCCCCGUCCUCCGCCUUCGUCUGGUGUCUGUGCCCAGGAUGAGGGCUCGGCUGCUCGGACACACGGUGGUGUUCGUUGCGCUUUUGGCGCUGAGAAGCUGCCUGGCAGGCUCUCCUCUGUGCCCUCGGAGUUUAGAAUGUGCCCUGGCAGGAAGACACUUCUGCCGGCCUGGCAGCUCCCACUGUGGGCCUUGUCUGCGCCCCCUGGUGGAAAACUCCAGUGGACGCUGCGUGGUCAAGAGGAGACAUGCUCCUCACACUCAUUCUGUUAAAGAUAAAGCGAGCCCAUACCCUGAACUCGACGAGGAGAUUGACUUUCUCUCUGCAAUCAUCAGGGAACAGAGACCCGAGUCCUACAGCUCAGCCCCAUCCUCCCAGGAGAUCACGUCCAAGCAGUUUGAAGAGCAUGGCUACACUCACAGAGCAUCUUCUGUGGAGCAGCCUCCUACUCAGAGUGUCCUGUUAACCAGCAUCGCUUCACCCACCGCUAGAAACCACACUGCCGCUCUGAGCAGUCCCAUCAUCCUCCGCUACCCUCCUGAUGACCACGUCUUCAUCAUCAUGAGCAGCGUCGUCACUGUGGCAGGUACCCUGGCACUGCUGGUAGCGUUGGCUUGUUGGGUCAGGUUUCAGAAAUGUGUUCAUAUGAAUCAGAAAGUGGACUACCCUUCAUCUGGACUGAUGAGUGCUCAGGCAUUCGAGAAUUUGCUUGGGGACAAGAAGCUGGCCCACAGUGCUCAAAUGUACCACUACCAGCACCAGAAGCAACAGAUGCUCUCCCUGAAAAAACACCGGGUUGAGCCAAAGGUUCCUGACUCUGCAGCCUCAACAGAUGAGGAGAAUGAGGACGGAGAUUUCACAGUGUAUGAGUGUCCUGGACUUGCACCAACGGGGGAGAUGGAGGUGAAGAACCCGCUGUUUGACGACUCCACCCUCUACCUGCAGAGACUCCACAAAUGAACCUGGACACAGACAUUUCAUGCUCUAAAUGCAGCACCUGUAUGUACAAAUAAUUAUUUCAGUGGACAGAUCUGACACCCUAAACAGCCAAACUACAUUUCCCGUUUUGUUUACAUAUUUCUUUACUGUUUAUUACACACAUAUUCAACCAUACAUGCUGAGUAUUUAUGAGCUCACUGAUAGAACAGGCUUUGCUUUUAUUUCAGCAUUUUAAAAAGAUGUAAUGUUGAUAUUUCCUGAACUCAGCUCAGCGACUUCUCUUAUGUGUUAUGUACUCGUUGUUUUUCCGUCUUGCUGACACCAUGUCUACAUGCAUCUGCAUUCUUACAGUUAUAUAUUAGACAAAGAUAACACAAGUAAAUUAAAUGUAUAACUGAAGGUGUUUAUGAUUAAGAGGGAAAAUCCAUACCUGCAUAGCCCUGUGUGAUGAAGUGAACGUGGACUGACGAGACAAAGGUUGAACUGUCUGGAAGAUGUGUGUCCCGUUGCAUCUGGUGUAAAAGUAACACAGCAUGGGCCAUCACACCAGCAGUGAUAUAUGGUGCUGCUGGUGUGACAGUCUGGGCUGUUUCGCUGUCUCAGGACCAGAAGACCUGCUGUGGUAAAUGCAACGACCAAAACAUCCUGAAGGAGAGCGACUAUCUGUUUGUGACCUCGAGCUGAAGCACAUUUGGGUUCUGCAGCAGGACAGUGAUCCAACACACCAGCAGGUCCACCUCUGAAUGGGUUAAGAAACACAAAAUGAAGACUUUGGAGUGGCCGAGUCAAAGUCAAGACCUGAAUCUGAUUGAGAUACUGUGGCAUGACCUAAAAAUGUGGUUCAUCCUCAGAAGCUGUUCUGUGUGACUGAAUUACAAGAAUCGUGCAAAGAGGAGUGACAAAACUCCCCGACAGGACUGCAACAGACUUCCAGUCAUCACAAACUUCAGAUUGCAGUGGCUUAACCAGAUACACACACACACACACACACACACACACUCAGAUGGUCUUGUAUAUUUGGUCUACAGCUGAUGUGUUUUCAUGGUUUUGUGAGCUGUAAAUAGUGGCUGAUGUGUGCAGGAGCUAUCUUACCUCUCAGUCAGUCAGUGUGGCAGGAGAUCCUGAGCACUGUGUCAAAUACACAUCUGUUAUUUCUUAAUGUGAAUUUGUAUUUGUUGGGAAAAGACAAUGUCAUGUAUAACACGUUAAACUUGAUGCGUUCGACUGUUGUACCCAUUGUGACGAAAGCAGCGAGGAGCCACGCCUUCAUGUUCAACAUACCCGCCCAGUUUUACUUUGAAGAGGUCUCGAUCUGCUGAGACGUCAACAAAAAUAUGAAAAAAAGGAAGAUUACAUGUAGCUGUGGACACGUCGCCAUAAAAGAAACUUAAAAUCAAAGAAUCCAAACAAAAGAAACAACUCAGAAUAGUAUAUAUAAGAAAACGGCGCCGACCACAGUCCCCAGAAAUAUACAACUUAAAGCAUCGCAGAAACAGCGUUCCCUUUAUGCAUCAACAGCUGCAGUGUGGGAUUGAAUGAAUGAAUGAAUGAAUGAUUGAAUGAAUGCUUUAUUGGCCAUAUGCAGAGGAAUAGAACCCCCCCGACUUACACACACAACAUAGACAUCACAUGGGAACACAGGUCGGAGAUCGGCAGCGUUUCAGAAAAACACUGAAAAAGUACACAACAAUGGGAAAGUACAAGAGGAAAAAAGGAGACCUCUGCUCAUGCUGGCACCUAUGGGAGGACAGCAUGAGAACAGGAUUGCAGCCUUUUCCAACAUUGAACUGAUUCCAAAGCUUUUACAUUUACUCCCUGAGAGAUGGGGACAUUUUUAAAUGUAUUCUAGAUGCAGAGAAACCAGGACAUGUGUCGGCACACAUUGGAUCAGGUUUUCUUUCCUUUGUCAAAUCUAUGUUUGUGCAUUUUACUUUGUCCUGCAUAAUAAUCACUCAAAUAACAUGAAGUUUGAUUUAUGAUUUUAUUUCAAUAUUAUGGAUUGAAUGUUACACUCACUGUUACAAUAUUUCCAUCGAUGCAUAAAUGCAAACUUGCAACAAAUGCUCCCUUUAUGAUCGUUCAAACUGUUUACCUGCACUGUACAGAGUGUUUCUGUCAUUUAUCAUCAUGUAAAAAGGCCAUCCAUAUAACUCAGCUGCCCGUGUCCCAGGGCUUUUAUAUUACACUGCAUUAGUUUUAUCCUACUGAAGGUUCAGUAUGUAGUCCAUGUAGUGGGCUCUGCUUAAUAAAGUGCACCGUUAUAAUGCAAAAAUCUCCUUUUCUUUGCAGACUUCAUAACGGUCUCUGUCACUAACAGUAGAAACUCUGGAUUUUUGUGUUGACUGGGCGUUCUCUGCUUUCCUGUACUAGAGCUGUUCGUCUGACCUGGUUAGGACUUAAUAUGCACAACUGCCUUUCUAUAUAUCCUCAUAUCGCCCCGCUCCAUAGAUAUUCUUCAUACAUGUAGAAUGAGUGUCCAGCUGCAAACAGUCCAGGAAACCUGGACGUAACCGCGUCUCUCAGGAAAGUCGCUGUCCGCGGCUCCUUUCUUCAUCCUGCUGCCGUCCUCCUCGGCCUGUCAGCACUUCCAUCCUGGAGGAACACAUUAAUGUGCACUGGAGCUGCUCGUGUGCUGUACGAGUGUCCACAUCCAAACUCACAUAUGUACCAGGGAAUAUUAACACGGAAGCCCUUUACUAUGUUAAACAGACUGUUGAAUCCAAACCUCUUAAGCUUGUGCAGCAAAAUGAGUCUUUGGAUGAGGAAUUACAAGAAGAGAUGUAAUUCUCAUGUUUGUCUUUUUAAAGACGUUUGCAGCUCUGCUUCACCUGCUGAGCAAAAGCCCAGCAGCUUGUCUUUAUUUGCUCUUUCUCUGAGUGUUGUAAAGGAACUGUACAACAAGUCUUUCUCUACAUGAGCUACAUGUGAGACUGUUUGAAGGCUAAGUGUUAUGAUUCUGUACAUUUACGACAACUUCAUUACUUCAUGUUUAGCAUGCUUGUGGAUAUACCAGAGCUGAAAGAAAUAAAUAUUUAUAUAAUCGCUAUCUGA